AUGUUGGCACCAUUUGCAAGGUCGUUGACGUAUAUGCUGGCCCUCCAGAUGAUGGCAAAUACCAACACAACGAAAGAAGCAGUCCAGAAGCCACCGCCGUCGCUCUACAAACGAGUUCUCCCAGACUCUUGCACUGCCUUUUCUUCAUCGAGUGGCAAGAGGAUCUUUGCGUCUGCUCUUGCACACAAUGGUCUGAAGUCAUUUUAUUCAUUGAUUCAACAAUUUACGACCCAAUCGGAGCCUGCUUAUUGUGGAUUGACUACUCUAGUGCUAAUCUUGAAUGCUCUUUCAGUUGACCCUCUCAUCAACUGGAAAGGUCCAUGGCGCUGGUACUCAGAAGAACUUCUAAACUGCUGCUUACCCUUGGAAGAGAUCAAAACUUCAGGAAUAACUAUAAUGGAUUUUGCCUGCCUAGCUAGAUGCCAAGGCUUGCAAGUCGAAAUGACUUAUGCAGAAGAAGAUGGUCUUUCCAAAUUUCGGCAAGCAGUGAAAGAGGCAUGCGUCGAAUCAUCACCAUCUUCAUUUCCUUCCGACGGUCUUUUUGAUAGGAACCAGCAAGAAUCAAGCAUCAAUACACCCAGCCCGGAUGAAAAGCUAGACAAAGUGUUGGCAGUUUCAUAUUCACGAAAGGUCUUGUCGCAAACCGGAUCUGGACAUUUUUCUCCUAUUGCAGCUUACGAUCCAGAAUCUGACCAAGUUUUGAUUCUGGACACUGCACGGUUCAAAUACGGGGCCCACUGGACCAAGCUCGAGCUUCUGUACGAUGCUAUGAAACCUAUUGACACAACCUCUGGUAAGAGUCGUGGGUACGCGCUCUUAUCCUUUCCAGACGACAAGUUUGGAUGCUGUCGUCUAAGUAGCAAAUCUGAAGCGACGGCUGUUCAGCCAAUGUCAUUGUUAUUCUCGACAAAGCUCUCUCAAAGUCCAGCGCGCAAAAAGUACAAAGAUUUCCUCAACAAGUUGACUCAGAAUGUCACCCUUGACAUGGUUGUCGACUACUGGACUCAAUCACCAGACACCUCGGUAUGGGACAUCCUGAAGCCAUUAUCUGUUCCAGAGAAUCAGGAUCAAAGGGAGUCAGUAAAUGCUCUACAUCGACUGAUAGACGACGCCUGGGAAAACAUUGAUGGAACCCACGAGGCCCAUUACGAAGAGCUGAUACAACAAGAGUCCAAUGGAAAAGCUGCCAAGGGGCACACUAACAUUCUUCACUCAAUCUUUGUUGUUUUUCUUGCAUCAUUGGAGGAAAGAAGUCGUAAUGCAAUUGUUCGGCAAGCACAACAUGACAAAAAGACACAUUCAGAUCUUUCAAUCGAACAACUCUUGAACGAGGCAUCAUUGAUUGCAACGGAGAUAGAGACCAGUGAUCAAAAUGAUACUGGAUGUCCAAAGAAACGGUGUUGCAAAAAACGGAGAUUGGAACGAUGGGAAAGCAAGGCUACAACAUAA